GCAAACGGUUGUAAGCCGAGAACCUCAUGCCUAUGGCCACUUAUAUGACCCGCACAAUUUAACCUGCGUUUUGUAAACCUGCGUGACCUGCGUUUUACACCUGCCGUUGAAACUUGGUUCUUUCAAAAUGGCGCUUGUGACAGGCUCAUUGGAAUUCAUUCCGAAGUUAGAGCAGCUGUCCUGCAGAGUGAUUCGAGUAUUAGGAUGCAACCCGAUGCCAAUGACUUUGCAAGGAACAAAUACCUAUCUGAUCGGGACUGGGCGAAGGAAGAUUUUAUUGGAUACUGGCCACCCAAAUGUCCCAGAAUACAUCGCAAACCUUAAAGAUGCCUUGAAAAGGUUCCAAUGUACAAUUCAAGAAAUCCUAAUCAGCCACCGGCAUUUGGAUCACGUGGGUGGAAUCGAAGAUGUUACCAACCAUUUUCCAAAAGUGGAUGGCUAUAAAAUAUCGAAGUUUCAAGCACCAGAUUUUAAUGAUAAAAUCGGAAAUGGAAAAUUGCAGUACAACUUUUUGAAUGAUAACGAGGAAAUAAAGACAGAAGGUGCGACUCUGAGAGUGAUUUACACCCCAGGGCACUUAUCUGAUCACAUAGCCCUUCUUUUGGUGGAAGAGAAUGCGAUAUUUUCAGGGGACUGUGUACUAGGACAAGGUACUGCAAAAUUUGAAGAUUUGCACGACUACAUGCAUUCAUUGCAGAGAUUGAUAAGUCUCAAAGCGCAGAAAAUAUACCCGGGCCAUGGGCCUGUCGUCGAAAAUGCGACUAGCGUUGUUGAAAAGUACGUUGAACACAGAAAUUUGCGGGAAAAACAGAUUUUGGACACGAUACGAUCGUCAGCAAAACCCUUGUCUGCAUCUGCGCUUGUGAGAAUCAUUUACGUCGACACAAGACCGGAGCUUUACCACGCAGCUGAAGUAAAUGUCGAGCAUCAUCUAAAGAAGUUGGAGAAAGAAGGAAAAAUUGAGCUGGUUGGUUCAUUGAAAGAAAGCAGAUGGAAAUGUCGAUUGUGAAUUGAGUAGGAAAGAAAUACCUUUUGCACGCCCCUUUGCUAGCUGAGUAAUGGAAUCGUUUACUAUUUGGCUUGCCGUGAAUGCUAAGGUGCAAUGCUAUCAAGGAUGUUCAACUGAAACCGGAAUUCAAACUAAUCGGAUAAUGCAAUUUAAUACUGAAUGAAAAGAAAUAAGUUAUAGCCAAAUUUAGAUUUUACAUUUUUAUAGAAUUUAUUCCUUUUGAAUGAGUUGAAAGCUAGUUUUUAAUCAAAGAACUUUUUAUGCAAUACCUGUCAUGAUAGUGAUGUCGUCAUAAAGCCUAUUUUAUCUUUCUGCUGCUGAAAAAGUGUUUAGGUUUAGAUCUAAGACGCUUUUGUGUGGUUUGCCUUCUUAUCAAUUAUGACCAAACGAGGAGAGCUCCCUUGAUACGUGGCUCGAAUGGCUAGCCUGUUCUUGUAGUUGCCGUGGUAACAUAUGAUGUGCGAGGACAUAAGAUGAUAGUUCUCGUUGUAUCUCACAACAUUGGAUUCUCGUCGCCGUUUUGAUUUAUUUCUUAAUUUUAUCCUCGUAUUAAUAAUAUACUCAUUGCAAGAUUCACAGAAUCCGGCGGACAGCCUAUCCUGCGGUUCUUCCUUCUCACACAUAAGAUGAUAGUUCCCUGUGAUUAUGCGAUUGUCUUUUCGUCAAUAUAGGAACUAGUCAGUGACUGUAGUUCUUAAACCAAAAUUGAAAAAGAAAUUCCUUAUAUAACAAUGUGUAUCUUUUAUUAAAAGAUUUUAUGUAUAGAAUUGAGAUCCGCGAAGAACUAACACUCUUUAUAAAGGCAUACUUUUUGCAGAAGCUCAGCAAUGUUGAUGCUCAAUCUUUGUUAUUAUACUCAAUAUUGUACUCAACAAAUUAUCAGCUUUGAUUGUAUUGCAUCAUACCAUUGAAUCCACAUUGAUGCAAUCAUACAUACAACAUAGACAAAAGCAUUUAAAGUUAAACCCAAAGAAUAAUGUAAAGAACUGAAAGGAAUUCUUGAAUUUUUAGUAUCUAUCUACUUCAAAGCGAAUUCCAGUUCCUAUUCCUUUCAAAGCUAAGUUUCAGUCUCUAUGAUUUUCUUAAGACCCUUCGAAUAAUGAUUUUAAUUUUCUUACUUUUACAUAUAAGCAAUUUAGUCUCCCUUGGUAU